AUGGGUGAAGCACUAUAUACUUUGCUAUGUGUCCGGGUAGGGGUCAGCAGCAGUUUAACCACCGUAGCCAAAAUCAGGGAAAGUAGGUGUGCUCUCAUCACAGGCGAAGCGAACAAAGUACUUGUUAUCGCUACCAUCACCGUUGACAAUGACCUUUCCAUCAGGAGCCUGCACCUCAGCGAUGAAGUUGAGAUCACCCUGAGCAUUAGCCCACAGGAGUCGGAAGGGAGUGUAAGUGCCAGCAGUGAGGUGAAUGGUGAAAGUCUUGGAGGUGCCACCGGGGUAGUCCUGCUCGAGAUCGGCGUUGGCGCGAGUCCAGCCUUGGAUGGCCUUUUCGCCGAACCAGAUGAGGGUGAUCUCAUCAGAGUUGGGGAUGGUGACGGUGUAGUCGCCGGUCUCGGGGGCAUAGAGGAACGCGCGGUGGUUGACGGCCUUGUACUGCCACAGCUGCGAAGGGCUGCCAUCGUAGAUAGCGAAGGAGGUAUCAGAGGCUGUGCCGGGAGGGAUACCGAUGCGAGUGGUCUCGCCCUGGUAGGUGGGGGUGGCGGUAUAGAAGAAGGUGGGGUCGAAGGAGGAGAAGUGAGGAGGAUCAGAGUUGUAGAAUGUGUGCUUGUAGAUGGCAUACUCCAGGCCGGCGUUGUCGCAAGACUGGUCGGCAGUAGGCUCAGCAGAGGUACUGGUGGUGGCGUCGGCAGUGGUAGUUGUGCCCUCACCAGUGGUAGUUGUGCCCUCAGCAGUUGUGGUGGUGUCAGCAGCAGUGGUAGUACCCUCAGCGGUUGUUGUCUCGGCAGUGGUGGUAUCCUCGGCGGUGGUUGUACCUUCAGCAGUUGUGGUGGUUUCAGCAGCAGUGGUAGUGCCCUCAGUAGUUGUACCUUCAGCAGUUGUGGUGGUUUCAGCAGCAGUGGUAGUGCCCUCAGCGGUUGUGGUGGUGUCAGCAGCAGUGGUAGUACCCUCAGUAGUAGUACCCUCGGCGGUGGUAGUACCCUCUGCAGUUGUCGUAGUAUCGGCAGCGGUGGUAGUACCCUCAGCAGUGGUUGUGGUGUCGGCGGCAGUAGUAGUACCCUCAGCGGUAGUGGUAUCAGCAGUAGUCUCGGCAGUGGUGGUGUCAGCAGCAGUGGUGGUGGUGCCCUCAGCAGCGGUGGUAGUUGUACCCUCAGCGGUUGUUGUUUCGGCAGUGGUGGUACCCUCAGCGGUAGUGGUAUCAGCAGUAGUCUCGGCAGUGGUGGUCUCAGCAGCAGUGGUGGUAGUGCCCUCAGCAGUUGUCGUGGUAUCGGCAGCGGUGGUGGUGGUGUCAGCAGCGCUCGUAUCAGCGGUAGUAGUGCCGGCAGCACUUGUCUCGGCAGUAGUGGUACCAGUGGCGCUUGUCUCACCAGCACUUGUCUCAGUAGCACUAGUCUCCGAGACAAUCACUGUAGCCAGGGUAGUAGAACUCUCCGAGACAACGGGGACGGAGGAGUCCGUGCUGGUAGAAACAGCAGCAGUCUCGGUAGCCGUGGAGGAAGCGAUCUCGGUGGAGGAAGAAACUACAGCAGCAGUGGUUGUUGUGCGAGGCCUGCAGGGGCCAGCGGCAGCGAAGCUGGCAAACGCCAGGCCCGCAAAGGUAAGGACCGACUUCAUGUUGGUAAAGAACGUGAUGGUUUUACAAGUAAAGAGUGA